AUGGUACCUUCAAUCAACCGCUCGCUCUUCCUCGGGGCUCUCGUAGCCUCAUUGAAGGCAGAGGCUGCUCACAUCCCCUCUUCCUCCAAGCCAAUCGCCAUAUGCAAAGCAGCUCCCAACACGGCUGGCAUUCCUCUGGACUCUUUUGUCUCAUUCUCUUUCGAGUUUUCAUCAUGGCCCGAUUUCGCUGGCAAUUUGUCGCACCCGAACGCGUUCACAUACAAUCUCAUGAGCAACCUGGGCAAACUCCAAGGUUCAUUGCCAAUCGCUCGAGUGGGCGGCAAUACACAGGAUAUCGCCAUCUUCGAUGAAUCGCAAAAGACUGGCCUCAUCGGCAUCAUCCGGCCAAACGUCUCAGCCGACUACCCGACCAUCAUCACCAUUGGCCCGUCCUAUUUCGAGUCUUAUAAGACAAUGCCCAAGGGCACCAAGUUUGUCCACGGCUUCAAUAUGGGUGCCAACUCUAGCGCUGCAAGAGCCGCGACUUGGGCAUCUGUAUCGUAUGCCUGCAAAGCGAUAGGAAGCGACCUUUUAUUUUGGGAAUACGGCAACGAGCCUGAUCUCUUCCAUGCUUCUGGCUAUCGACCUGACAACUGGACCGAAGCCGACUACGUAUCUGAAUGGCUAAACGGCACCACUGCCAUCGAAGAGGCGACCAAGGCAGCCUGCCCAGAUCUUGCGGGAACUAAGUUUAUGGCACCGAGUUUCGCAGGCGUCGCGCGCAAUGACUACUUCACUUUAGAUCCAGUGGAAGUGUUCAGACAAGGUCUGGACGAGAAGCACAACAUUGGCUUAAUUUCAUCCCACAACUACAUGGGUGUUUCCACGAACCCUGGCAUUACCUUGCAAGGCACAUUGAUGAAUCACAGUAGCGUGGUAGAUAAGGCAAACGCUCAGCUCAAUGUUUCAAGAGGUAUCAAGGAGCUGGGAGAAGCGCUCGACCCCAACCUCCCAUUCAUCAUGGGCGAGCACAACUCGCUCGCCCGCCAAGGACGACCGGGCCUGAGCAACAGCUUCGGUGCUGCCCUGUGGGGUGUGGACUGGAACGUCUAUCUUGCAUCGCAAAACCUUUCUCGCUCUCACAUGCACCAAGGCACCAACUACCGGUACCAAUCCUGGCAACCGAUCGAAACCAACAUCACAACCCGUGGCACCAAACCCCCUUACUACGGCAACCUUGCCGUUGCAGCCUUCAUGCACAAGCCCUCGCCCUCGUCUCGCCUGCACAUCUCAAGCCUCGCCUCCUCGUCCAUAUACUCGACCCAAUACGCUGCUCACGUUGACGACACGCUUGCCCGCCUGCUUCUCGUCGAUUUACACACGUACAACACCACCGCAGACAACAACUACACCGACGCUUUCCCCCGGCCCUCCGAGACGUAUACAUUCCAGCUACCGCAGGAGUGCAAAGGCGAAGCCCACGUGCAGAGGCUGUUGGCGAAUGGAAGUGAUGCCAUUUCUGGUAUCACGUGGGAUGGGUACAGCUAUAAUUAUGAGCUUGAUGAGGGGAAGCCUGUUCGCUUGGGUAAUGUGACGUGUGGGGAGAGUGUAAAGGUUGAUGGGAAGGGUUUGGUGAGCGUAGAGGUGCCUUGGAGUAGUGCGGCGAUUGUUAGUGUGGACUGCUGA